AUGGAGACUCGCAUGAGUCAAAUGACAACUACCAUAAAUCGCCUGGAGUCUCACGUUUAUGAAAAAUUGAUAUCGCAACCUGAGGUAAAUCCUAGAAAUAUAAGUGCCAUGACAUUAAGGAGUGGCAAGGAAGUGGAGGGACCAAAGGUCACGAACUUAAAGAGUAAAAGUGAAGACGAGAUCGAGAAGGAGAUAGAGGAAGAAGGACACAUUCGUGGAGGUCCUGAGGUAACUCUUACACUAUCAAUACCCGUUAAAUCUAAUUUACCUCCUUUUCCAUGCAGGCUGGCAAAGACGAAGAAGGCAGAGAAGGAAAAAGAGAUCCUGGACGUGUUCAAAAAGGUGGAGAUCAACAUCCCCUUGUUGGAAGCAAUUAAGCAAGUGCCGAAAUACGCAAAAUUUCUCAAGGACUUGUGCACUCAUAAGAGAAAAUUGAGAGGGGAUAAAAGAGUAGCGGUGGGAGAGAAUGUGUCAGCCAUGCUCCAAAGGAAGCUCCCACCCAAGUGUGGAGAUCCAGGUAUGUUCACAAUCCCAUGCAAGAUAGGAAAUACACCAAUUAGAAAAGCAAUGUUAGAUUUAGGGGCGUCAAUCAAUGUGAUGCCAAAGACCAUUUUUGCUUCUCUAAAUCUUGGGCCACUUAAAGAAAUAGCCAUCAUAAUCCAACUAGCUGAUCGCACAAAUGUAUAUCCAGAGGAGCUAGUUGACGAUGUCUUGGUUCAGAUAAAUGAAUUGGUCUUUCCUGCAGAUUUUUAUAUCUUGGACAUGGAAGAUGAAAAAUCAUUAAACCCGUCACCUAUCUUGUUAGGUAGACUGUUUCUUAGUACUGCCAGGACUAAAAUAGAUGUGAAUGAGGGUACUUUGGCAAUGGAAUUGGAUGGUGAAACUGUGAAUUUCAAUAUUUUUGAGGCGAUGAAGUAUCCAGAAGAAUCUAACUCGGUCUUUGGUUUGAGCGUUGUUGAGCCUUUUGUGCAGGAAAUUUUCGAAUUAGAUGGCAAAGACGCAUUGGAAGUGGCUCUAAUGAAGCAUUUGGAGUUGGGUGUAACUCUUGGUGUGGAUUUAAGGGAAGAGUUGCUCCAUGCUGUUGAGGCCUUACAUUCACUACCCACCGUAUCCCCAAGGUAUGAACUUACUUCUCUUUUUGUGCCAGAAACUCAGACGAAGUUGCUUCCUUCAGUUGUGCAGGCACCGGAAUUAGAACUAAAGCCUCUCCCGAAGCAUCUAAAGUACGCAUUCCUAGGAGAUCGGGAGAUACUCCCAGUGAUCAUCUCUGUACAUCUAUCUCCAAGUCAAGAGGACAGACUGGUGCGAAUCCUUAGGGAGCAUAAGGAAGCAAUUGGGUGGAGUAUAGCUGAUAUUAAAGGGAUCAGCCCGUCCUUGUGCAUGCACCGGAUAAGGCUCGAGGAUGAUGCAAAGCCGGUGAGGCAAGCACAGCGAAGAUUAAACCCCCUGAUGAUGAAAGUUGUGAAAAAGGAGAUAGUCAAACUCCUAGAGGUGGGGAUCAUUUCUGCUAUCUCGGAUAGCCCAUGGGUGAGCCCUGUCCAGGUGGUCCCGAAGAAGGCGGGAGUGACCGUGGAGGAGAACUAG